AUGGCUUCCCUUAAACAUGUCGAAGUUGGUGACGUGAAGAUUCUGGGCUUUACAGUCAUUGAUAUACGAUUCCCAACAAGUCUCGACGGAGUUGGCUCCGAUGCCAUGCACGUUGGCACCAAUGGCUCCCAUCCGUACAUACAGCUGCACACAAACCAUGAGAAUCUCAUAGGAGAGGGCAUCGCAUUUAGCAACGGCCGUGGAAGCGAGCUCGUUUGCAUGGCUCUCGACGUCUUCGCUAAGAGGGUUGUCGGGAAGACCAUGCAUGAACUCACACGUAAUAUGGGAAAGACUUGGCGAUAUAUGGUCUCGGACUCCCAGUACCGAUGGAUCGGCCCUGAGAAGAGCGUCACACACUUGGCCGUUGCCGGAGUUUUGAACGCCGUCUGGGACCUCUGGGGCAAGAUUCUGCAGAAGCCGGUGUGGCAGAUCGUUUGCGACAUGAGCCCGGAAGAGAUUGUGCGGUGUAUCGACUUUCGCUACAUCACAGACGUCAUUACACCGGAAGAAAGCGUUGACAUGCUGAAGAAAACAGAGCCCGGAAAGCAAGACCGGCUGCGGGAAGCGCGGGAAAACUGCGCUGUCCCGGCAUACACUACGUCUCCCGGCUGGCUUGCUUUCUCGGGCGAUCGUAUGAAACAGGUUCUUGAAGAGACAAUUGCCGAGGGAUACACAGUCUUCAAGUUCAAGGUCGGUACGAGCGUCGAUGCUGACCGCGCCCGAUUGUCGGCGGUGCGAGAAGUUCUUGGGUACGAGAAGGGCUACCAGAUCAUGAUCGAUGCGAAUCAAGUAUGGAGUGUUCCAGAGGCAAUCGACUACAUGAAGAAUUUGGUUGAGUUCAAGCCGGUAUUUAUCGAAGAGCCAACAAACCCUGACGACGUCCUCGGUCACGCCACCAUUCGGAAAGCUCUCAAGCCGUACGGAGUUGGUGUCGCGACAGGGGAAGCCGCGCAGAACCGCGUGACCUUCAAGCAACUGCUUCAAGCUGAGGCAACAGAUGUCUGCCAAAUCGAUGCAGUCCGCCUCGGCAGCGUUAACGAGUGCUUGGCGGUCAUGCUUAUGGCAUUGAAAUUUGACGUCCCAUGCGUACCUCACAAUGGUGCCAUGGGCCUCACCGAGCUCACCUCCCAUCUCAGCACCAUUGACUACGUCGCUAUCAGCGGCAGAAAGUCAAUGCUCGAAAACGCCGACAGUCAUCGGGAGAACUUGCGCCACCCUUCCAAGAUCAUGAAUGCUCAUUAUGUGACGCCCCUGGCGCCGGGCUAUUCCACGGGUUACACGGAUGACGCCCUCGAGAAGUACACAUACCCCAGUGGAAGCUUCUGGAAAAGCGAUGUUGGGCUUCGUAUUAUUGAUCAGCCCACCGGUGGAGAGUUGUAA